AUGACCAUUGAAGCCAUUGAUCGUCCCAUCCUGGAAACAAUUCUUAGCAAAGAAACUUCCAAAGAUAUUUGGGAUUCCAUGAAGAAAAAAUAUCAAGGCUCUUCUAGAGUGAAGCGUGCACAACUUCAAGCUUUGAGAAGAUAUUUUGAGACACUACAAAUGAAGGAUGGGGAAUUUGUCACCAGCUAUUGUGCCAUGACAAUGGAGAUCAACAACAAAAUGCAAUUUCAUGGUGAGAAGAUGGACGAUGUCACCAUUGUGGAGAAGAUAUUGCGUCACCUGACACCAACGUUUGAUUAUGUCGUGUGUUCAAUUGAAAAAUCGAAAGACAUAGAUGCAUUCUCUCUUGAUGAACUGCAGAGCUCCUUGCUGGUCCAUGAACAAAAGAUGAACUGA